AUGGAGUCCCCUUCCGUCCCAUCUCAAACUAUUCAACCACUCAUUCCCGCACACCACCACUUUUCAGUGGCUCACUACCUCAAGGACAUACAUUUAAAAGAAUUUGACUGGAUAUGUAAAGUUGCCGACCGUUUCGAUGCCAACAGCACCAAACACACCAGUCAAGACCCAUUUCCGUCGGGGGGCGACUAUCCCAUGGGUGGAGAUUUGUACGAGGUAGAUGACGGGACUGAAACGAGCACUGUCUCAUCGAUAGAAGAUGACAUAUCUGACGACGACAUCGACACUGACAACUCUACAUCCAUCGAGCUCGAACUCCUUGCAAAGGUUGAUCGCACCGUUAAAAUAUACGGAGCGACAUGCUUUGCCAGUGACGUAGACAGUUCGGAGAAGAGUCAGAUUAUCGCCUGGUUAGAUGUGAAGAUGUGCCCACCCCAUCCCACCGUUAUGCUUACCGCAUACACCCAUUUUGUCGACAACAACGGUGCUAUUCCCGGCGUCCGUGUGGGCAGCGACCUUCGUGUAUACCAAAAGUUCAUGCCGGUAACCCACCGUCUUGCGGUGUUGGAGAUGCUGGCGAUGGCGGCGGACUGGACGUACGCACUUGUGUUUGUCUAUAAAGAUGAGUACGGAGAUGGGUCAGACGUCUCGGAGAGCAUGGCGAUAUUACGCGUACCGAACAAGCUGGCGGGUUCUCCCAAUGGAGAGUACGUAUGCAACGACGAGUUUCAGGUGGAGGCUGAGAGGGUGGGAUGGAAGCACAUCGGGUUGGAUAGGUACUAUGAAGUCGCGAUCGCCUUCCCGGCAAACCAUCCCUGCUCUUCCGUCAGAGCUGUCGAGUAUGACACGCCGUAUGAUUUGGAGCCGAGUUUGCGCGUUGUGAGGAAUGGAAUGAAUACGGGCACCUGGCCGAUUGAAGAAUGGUAA